AUGAUGGUGAUGGUGAACAGCGGUGCGUGCGUGCGUGCGUCCGUGUGCGUCCGUGUGCGUCCGUGUGCGUCCGUGUGCGUCCGUGUGCGUGUGUCCGUGUGCGUGUGUCCGUGUGCGUGUGUCCGUGUGCGUGUGUCCGUGUGCGUGUGUCCGUGUGCGUGUGUCCGUGUGCGUGUGUCCGUGUGCGUGUAUGUGUGUGUGUGUGUGUGUGUGUGUGUGUGUGUGUGUGUGUGUGUGUGUGUGUGUGUGUGUGUGUGUGUGUGUGUGUGUGUGUGUGUGUGUGUGUGUGUGUGUGUGUGUGUGUGUGUGUGUGUGUGUGUGUGUGUGUGUGUGUGUGUGUGUGUGUGUGUGUGUGUGUGUGUGUGUGUGUGUGUGUGUGUGUGUGUGUGUGUGUGUGUGUGUGUGUGUGUGUGUGUGUGUGUGUGUGUGUGUGUGUGUGUGUGUGUGUGUGUGUGUGUGUGUGUGUGUGUGUGUGUGUGUGUGUGUGUGUGUGUGUGUGUGUGUUGUGUGUGUGUGUGUGUGUGUGUGUGUGUGUGUGUGUGUGUGUGUGUGUGUGUGUGUGUGUGUGUGUGUGUGUGUGUGUGUGUGUGUGUGUGUGUGUGUGUGUGUGUGUGUGUGUGUGUGUGUGUGUGUGUGUGUGUGUGUGUGUGUGUGUGUGUGGUGUGUGUGUGUGUGUGUGUGUGUGUGUGUUUGUUUUAG